AUGGGAUCGCUGUUCUGGCAGGUGACGGUACCAGGUCGCGACUUUUACGCGUGGGCGAAAUGCAGCCGCAGGUUGGGGAACUCUUGCGGUGGUUGCGAGCUCCGCCGCAUGAGGCGCAAAAGUCCUCACUUCCCGCGUUACCUGCGCGCGCAUGACCGCACCUCCCGGGAGGCUGCUGGUUUCCAUGAUCCCUUCACCGACAAGACCGCCAAGUUCAAGGGACAUGUUGACGUCUGUGCUCGUUGCGGUUGCCGGAUCGACAUCGAGCAGUUUCAGAACGCGUGGUCGAGCACGGGCUGUUGUAAUCCCAGCGAUGCUGUCAACAGGUUGCCCAUGCUUUGGUCCGAUGACCACGGCGGUGACGCGAGGAGGGCCGUUGACUGGGUGCAUUGGCCCCUUGCGCCUGGGCGUCGUCAAGACGCCGGCUGGUCAAGAUCUACAUCCUCAUUUUCAUCUACAUGA